CUUCCUGUUCAGAGAAAGUGAAACUGUCUGACGGAAAAUGUCUCAACGAGGAGUUCAACUCGACUUAGGAAGAUUCAAGUGUUCCAUCUGUCUGGAUCUACUAAAGGAUCCGGUGACUAUUCCUUGUGGACACAGCUACUGCAUGAAGUGUAUUCAAGGAUUCUGGGAUGAAGAGGAGAAAAUCCCCAGCUGUCCUCAGUGCAGGAAGACCUUCAUACCGAGGCCUGUUCUGGAGAAAAACAUUGUGUUGGCAGAUUUAUUGGAAAUGCAGAAGAUUAAUCUCUGCUAUGCUGCACCUGAAGAUGUGGUCUGUGAUGUCUGCACUGGAAGAAAACUGAAAGCCAUCAAGUCCUGUUUGAUCUGUCAGGCCUCUUACUGUGAGAAACACCUUCAGCCUCAUUUGGAUGCAGCUGCAUUCAAGAAACACAAGCUGGUGGAACCCUCCAAGAACCUGCAGGAGAACAUCUGCUCCCGUCAUGAUGAGGUGAUGAAGAUGUUCUGUCGCACUGAUCAGAAGUGUAUCUGUUAUCUCUGCUCUGUGGAUGAACAUAGAGGCCACGACACAGUCUCAGCUGCAGCAGAAAGGACUGAGAGGCAGAGAGAGCUGGAGGAGAGUCAACAACAAAUCCAGCAGAGAAUCCAGGACAGAGAGAAGGAGGUGAAGCUGCUUCAACAGGAGGUGGAGGCCAUCAAUCACUCUGCUGAUCAAACAGUGAAGGACAGUGAGAAGAUCUUCACUGAGGUGAUCUGUCUCAUCCAGAAAAGAAGCUGUGAUGUGAAGCAGCAGAUCAGAUCCCAGCAGCAAACUGAAGUGAGUCGAGUCAAAGAUCUUCAGGAGGAGCUGGAGCAGGAGAUCACUGAGCUGAAGAGGAGAGACGCUGAGCUGAAGCAGCUCUCACUCACAGAGGAUCACAGCCAGUUUCUGCUCAACUACCCCUCACUGCCACCACUCAGUGAGUCCACACACUCAUCCAGCAUCAAUGUCCGUCCUCUGAGAUACUUUGAGGAUGUGACAGCAGCUGUGUCAGAGCUCAGAGACAAACUGCAGGACAUUCUGAGAGAGGAAUGGACAAACAUCUCACUGACAGUCACUCAUGUGGAUGUUUUACUGCCAGAACCGGAACCAAAGAGCAGAGCUGACUUCCUCAAAUAUUCACUUCAAAUCACACUGGAUCCAAACACAGCACACAGACGACUGUUACUGUCAGAGGAGAACAGAAAGAUGACAAUGAUGAAGAAAACUCAGUCUGAUUCUGAUCAUCCAGAUAGAUUUACUGAUUAUGGAGAAGCUCUGAGUAAAGAGAGUCUGACUGGACGUUGUUACUGGGAGGUGGAGUGGAAAGGUUAUCUUGUUUAUAUAGCAGUCGCAUACAAGAACAUCAGCAGAUCUGGAGAUGAAAGUGGAUUUGGUUUUAAUGACAAAUCCUGGGCAUUGUAUUGUUCCCAAGACAAUUUAUUUUUUUUCCACAACAGUAUCCAAACCUCCAUCUCAGCUCCUGGUUCCUCCAGAGUAGGAGUGUACCUGGAUCACAGAGCAGGUGUUCUGUCCUUCUACAGCGUCUCUGAAAGCAUGACUCUCCUCCACAGAGUCCAGACCACAUUCACUCAGCCGCUCCAUGCUGGAUUCUUAUUUGAUCAUGUUGGAGAAACUGCAGAGUUUUGUAAACUCAAAUAGUUCCUAAAGUUCAUGAAAGAAGUGAAAUGUUUGUUUGUUUGUUUUUUGUGAUUUUUCUGCUUUAAUCAUUUUGAACUACACUUUUUAAGAGUUAAUAUUCUGUGGAGAAG